AUGUACCUUUUUAAUUACACUACUGGUACAUUUACGAGAGAGAGAGUGGCUCAAUCAGUCUUAACUACCUUCGAGACUUUGAGCAAAGAAAAAUGGCGAUGUCAGAAGCCGGAUGCGUUCCACGAUAACCCGAAGAUGGAUGCCGAUGAUAAUAGUAAUGGCUAUGCGGUAUGGUUGAUGACUAAGCGAGACACGUACUAUUCCCAAGUCCGAGAUACUCUCACGUUUCUGCGGACUAGUGAUAGUUGCCUGGGUCUUAUGCAAAGGGCCGCAAUUGACGAGAGUGAACGGCGAGAAUUACCACUCACUGAGGUAGACAUGAACAUGGGUCAGCUUACUUCUAAUAUGCUUAUAAUCGCCACUGCAGUACGGUCAAAUUGUUGUCAACAGCGACCUAUGUGUGAUAAUUUGUCUGUCAGUGGGGCAUUCAUUGACGGGCCGCUUUACACCGCCAUCAAGACUCUCGGUCGCGGCACAUCCCUUGCCCAGUUAUAUUCAAGGACAAGUAUCAUUCAAAUCUUAUUCUUGGAUAUCCGACAAAGAUGA